UCGUUAGUGCCUUGUAUGCUUCCCACUAUUGCGCUGGAUACCAUUUACACUAAAAAACAACGACCUGAGGAGAAGUCUGCAAGUUUUUCUUGUAUGAUUAGCUGCAAUGUAAUCUUGUGUUCAUCAGAUGACUCUCCAAAGAUGAUUUACAGUCCAAUGUUACUAAAUACCAUCUUGUUCUCUUGUGUGUUUAUAUUUUGUUCUUCCCUUUUAAAUUCCUUCGCCAGGCAGAACAUCUCAGUACACAAUCCGCUUAACGAUGGUGAAACUCUUGUUUCCGCUGGAGAAGAAUUUGAACUGGGAUUCUUUACUCCUGCUGGAAGCGUUGAUAACAAAAGGUAUUUAGGGAUAUGGUACUAUGGAUUAAAUCCAAGAACAGUCAUAUGGGUUGCCAACCGAAACCACCCACUUCCUGACACUGGUGGACGUUUUGCUGUAGAUGAUGGAAACCUAAAUGUAUUAGAUGAAUCUGGAAAAGUUGUUUGGUCAACAGAUCUUGGACCACCAUCACCAAGAUAUUACUGGGUAGCUACGCUUUUGGAUUCUGGGAACUUGGUCUUCAGUAAUCGGUCAGUGACCAUAUGGCAGAGCUUUAAGAACCCAACUGAUACAUUUCUUUCAGGUAUGAAGAUGGACAAGGAAAUCAGGUUGACUUCAUGGAUUAGUGAACUUGAUCCAUCACCUGGAAAAUUCAAGUUCAGUCAAGAAGAUAAGGACCAGUUUAUUAUUCGGAAUGGUUCCAUUCCUUAUUGGGGAAGUGGUGUAUCUGGUGAAUUCUUUAGAGCAGAACUAGAUAUAAAAGUAGCAUACCUUUUAUCAAACUUCGACAAAAAAAUCUGGCCUUUUGGAUCAAAACAUAUUCCCAACAGUUAUUAUAACAAGACAAGGAUUGUGAUGAAUUUUACUGGACAGUUACAAUACUGGAGCUUAGAUAACCAGAACAAUUGGUCGUUAGAGUGGUCGGAGCCAAAAGACAGAUGCAGUGCUCUUGAAGCUUGUGGGAGGUUUGCCAGCUGCAAUAACAAUAACAAUAUUGCCUGUAAAUGUUUGCCAGGUUUCAAGCCUCUAUAUCCAGAGGAUUGGAAAGACGGAGACUUUUCUGGUGGAUGCACCAGAACUUCAACAUCAUGUGAGAAGAAUGACAUCUUCUUGAACUUGACGAUGAUGAAAGUGAGCGACACAAAAUCAAAAUCUGAAUUUAAGAAUGAGACAGAAUGCAGAGAGGAAUGUCUCAGCAAAUGCCUAUGCAAGGCUUAUUCAUAUACCCAAGACAAAAAUAGUUUUCCCAGGAGCCCUACAUUUAGUAACUCCACUUGUUGGAUUUGGACAGAGGAUCUUAGGAAUCUACAGGAGGAAUACCCUAAUGGUCAUGAACUCUUUGUCCGUGUAGCAAGGUCCGAUAUAGAAUCAACAGGUAGAAAUUGUGAACCUUGUGGCACCAGCUUGAUUCCUUAUCCUUUAAGUACUGGAUCAAAUUGUGGUGAUCCCAUGUACUUGAAUUUCUACUGCGACAACUCCACAGGAGAGCUUAAGUUUAAGGCAAGUACUGGAACCUAUAAUGUCACAAGCGUCAAUCCAAAUACGAGAACAUUUGUCAUCCAAGCCAUAGAAGCACGUAGUUGCUACGCUAGAAAUAGUGCAGUUCUGGAGCUUGACCCAUCAUUACCAUAUAAAAUCAACUGUAGUAAUGAGGUGGACAAUGCCGGUAAUAAAAUUUCAUCAGAAGGUAUAGAUGAAAUAAAGAUCAGUUGGGAUACACCGCCAGAGCCAAGCUGCAAUUCUUCGGCUGACUGCAAGGAUUGGCCUUAUUCAACAUGCAAUGUGACUGCAGAGGGUAUGAGAAGGUGCCUUUGUCAUGCAAACUUUCGAUGGGAUGGCUCAGCGCUGAAUUGUACUAUUGUAGAAGACAGAACCUAUCCUACGCCAAUUAUUGGAUCUUCAAAAAGAAAGACAAAGUUGUUUUUUAUCAUUGGAAUAACUAUUGCGAGUCUCAUAGUUCUUGCAAGUGCCAUUGCUUACAUAUACAUAAGGAAGGGAAGGAUGAAAAAAAGACAAGAAACAGAAAAGAUUGGAAGAGAUGCAGUACUGUUGUAUGGAACUGAGAAACGAGUCAAAGACUUGAUAGGCUCAGAAGAAUUUAAAGAAGAGGACAAGAAGGGCAUAGAUGUGCCUUUCUUCAAUUUAGACAGCAUUUUAGCUGCUACAGAUAAUUUCUCAGAGGCAAACAAGCUUGGAAGAGGGGGCUUUGGGCCUGUGUACAAGGGUAUAUUUCCAGGAGGUCAGGAAAUUGCUAUAAAGAGACUUUCAAGUGUUUCAGUACAGGGGUUAGAAGAAUUUAAAAAUGAGGUCGUGCUGAUUGCAAGACUUCAACAUCGGAACCUUGUAAAACUUUUGGGCUAUUGCAUUCAUAGAAAUGAAAAGAUUUUACUCUAUGAAUACAUGCCCAACAAAAGUUUAGAUUCUUUUUUAUUCGAUGCAGAACUUGCCAUCCUUCUGAAUUGGGAGGUGCGUUUCAACAUCAUUAUGGGAGUUGCUCGAGGACUUGUUUAUCUACACCAAGAUUCUCGGCUGAGGAUUAUUCAUAGGGAUUUGAAAACAAGCAACAUCUUACUAGAUGCAGAAAUGAACCCCAAGAUUUCAGAUUUUGGCUUGGCGAGGAUAUUUGAAGGAAAACAAACAGAGGGAAACACAAACAGAGUAGUCGGAACUUAUGGCUAUAUGUCCCCAGAGUAUGCACUAGAUGGGAUAUUCUCAGUCAAAUCAGAUGCUUUUAGUUUUGGAGUAGUUGUGCUUGAAAUCUUGAGUGGAAGGAGGAGUACCGGAGUAUUUAGGCUUGAACAAGGCGAGAACCUUCUGAGUUAUGCAUGGAGAUUGUGGAAAGAACAGAAGGCAUUGGAUUUCAUGGACAAGACAAUAAGUGAAAGUUGUAAGAGUAAUGAGUUCUUGAAAUGCCUAUGUAUCGCAUUGUUAUGCAUUCAAGAAGAUCCAGCUGAUCGGCCUACCAUGUCAAAUGUUUUAACUAUGCUCAGUGGUGAAACUGCAACGUUUUCGACACCUAAGCAGCCAGCCUUUUUUGAAAGAGAAGGUAUUGCUGAUGCAGCUUCUUCUUCUUCUUCAAGUAAACAUGAAAUAAGUACCAUGUGGACGACUUCCCUUGGAGGAGGCUGAUGAUGCUAGUUUUCUUUUUCUUUUUUUUCUUUUUUUUUUGGGGGCCAUUUUUGCAAAAAUUAAAUUUAUCUGCAUUUUUCCUUGAUGAAUUUCCAUGUGUGUCCAUUCAGCAAUUGUACAAGGUUGUAAGUUCAUGGUCUUUGUAAUUUCAUUAGCCAACGAACCUGCUGUUGUGAUCCCUUUUGCAGGUCCAAAUUAAUCUAGUUUAGAGUAUUGUACUUGGAGGAA